UUUCUCUUGAAGGUUGUACAUAAGGAUUAUUUAAAAAUUAUUAAUUUUUCUUGUGUGGAUAGAUCAUUUUGCAUAAUUGGAGUUGAUCAUGAUUAAAUUUGCAUUUGUUGUUGGAUAAGAUUAUACUUCCAACCUAGUUUAAUUGAGGGGAAAAAAAUCCAAAUUGUUUGGAGAGGGAAAAAAUAAAAAAAACGUCGCCUGAGAGAUUCGAACUCUCGCGGGGAAACCCCAUGUACUUAGCAGGCACACGCCUUAACCACUCGGCCAAAGCGACCAUUUGAUGCUACAUCGUAAAAAGUAAAGGUAUUAAAAAACAGCAUAAAAGAAGCCAAUAACUGGAGAAGAAAAGCAGACAAAGGCAAGUGGUGGCGUUGGAAGGAAGAGGCGAAAAUGGCGGCGUCGGGAGGUAGUGGUGGUGUUGGGAGUUUGUCCGGCGGCGAUCGAGAAAUACUUGCGACGGUGAACAUGGUUGCUUCAAGUUUGUCAUUGAUUGGAUCUAGCUUCAUUGUCCUUUGUUACAUUCUUUUCAAGGACCUUCGCAAAUUCUCUUUCAAGCUCGUCUUUUAUCUCGCUCUCUCUGACAUGCUUUGCAGUUUUUUCAAUAUUAUUGGAGAUCCAUCUACAGGGUUCUUCUGUUAUGCUCAGGGUUAUAGCACUCAUUUCUUCUGCGUCGCGUCCUUUUUAUGGACAACCACUAUAGCUUUUACUCUUCAUCGUACUGUUGUGCAACACAAGACUGAUGUUGAAGAUUUAGAGCCUGUUUUCCACCUCUAUGUAUGGGGAACUUCUCUGGUCAUGACUAUCAUGCGCUCCAUCGGUAAUCAUCAUAGUCAUAUACGUGCUUGGUGUUGGUCCCAAACAGGCCGUGCAGGAAAGGUUGUCCACUUCGGAACAUUCUACGCUCCGCUUUGGGGUGCGAUUCUCUACAAUGGUUUUACAUAUCUUCAAGUGAUCCGCAUGCUGAAAAACGCAACUCGUAUGGCAGCUGGUAUGUCGGACCGGGCACACCAAUCUGAUGCUAGGCCAGACAUGAGAGCCUUAAAUCGAUGGGGUUAUUAUCCUCUUAUACUUAUUGGCUCAUGGGCUUUUGGCACGAUAAAUCGGAUUCAUGAUCUGAUUGAACCAGGGCAUAAAAUCUUUUGGCUUUCUUUUCUUGAUGUGGGGACUGCUGCACUGAUGGGCCUUUUCAACUCAAUUGCGUAUGGUCUCAACUCGUCUGUGAGGCGGGCUAUUUAUGAGAGAUUGGAUCUAAUUUGGCCUGAGAGACUGAGAAGAUUGGAUUUGCCACUUCGGAUUUCAAAAGUCAGAGGGAAACAAGAAGAAAGUGAAAUGGUCCCCCUAAAAAUUCAAGAACAGCAACAAUAGUUUGAUGUCUCUGGGAUCUGUUGUAUGAUUCCUUGGGAUUUGGAUCAUUUAAAGAAUGGUGUUGUAAUGUACAUUUGUAGAACAGAGAGUAUCAAGAAGUUUUAAGGCAGAAACAAAGGGAGUUUUCUCUUGUAUACAUCCCGGUUUGAUAUCCAGCUUGUGGGAGCAGAUGUUGACCUGGUGUAGCAGACAAUCAUUUGAAGGUAUCUUAAAAAAAAAGAGCAUCUGAGGCUUGAACAUUGUCAAAAUAUACCUUCCAAGUUGCUAACAGUAGGUCAGUAUUGAUUGAUUUUCGAGGGGAGAGUAUCGCUUCAUUUUGGGCUAUGCAAGGAUGUAAAAGAUUUUCUGGUCUAGGAUAGCCUGUGACGGAGUGGCAAUUAUUUUAUUUCUUGACAUGAUUUAAUGAUGUGGUGACAACUGGUGAGAGCAAUUGCAGCAAUCAUAGGUCUCCCUCUCUUGUGGCAAUUUUGAUCUACACUACUAGUGUGAUUUAUAUAUUCUUUGUUGUAUGAGCUAUCAAAAGUGUUUGUAAUUGUGACAUUGGAUUUUAAGAUUUCUGCGGCUAUUCUGUAAGUCAACCAUUUGGUAGAGCUUUGUGAUGAUGAUGAUGGUGCUGAGAAAAUGAGGAUAGCUGCUCCAGUGACGAGUCAUUGCUAGUGUAGUGUCUGCAAUUCUAUGAUUCUGUGGUAAAGGAACAUGUUAUAGUUUUUGAUUUUUUAUAGAAACAACAAUAUGAUUUAUGUAUUAUCCGUACCUUGAUUGUGAUCAUAUAGUAUAACAAGUAGAGUAAUAAAUAAAAUUAAAACUUAACUGUG